AUGGAAUUGCCUCGAAAUAUGUGCAGAGUUUGUUUAAAUGUGGAAAGUUCAGUAUCACUCAUAAAUUGGAAUAGAUCUAUCGAAGACUUGAACGAAAGUUUAUCGUAUGCAGAAUGUUUUCAGCUCUGCACUCAAUUAAAUUUAAAUUAUGAGAAUUGUGGGAAUGAAAAUGCGAUGAGGAUAUACGAAAACUUUUGUUACAAUUGCGCUUCUAAACUUAAAGAAGCAUAUGAGUUUAUUACACAAGCUCGAGAAUCAGACAACGCGUUGCGAAUUAAUUGCCGGAAUUCAGAUUCCGAUAAUCAUAAGAAGUUUUUCGAAUGGGUGGCCGUUGGAAAAGAACAUACAAAAGUUGACAAGAGAAGAGAAAUGGAGGAGGAGCCUAUCAGUUUAGGCAGUAACACGGGUUUUGAUGAAGACACAAAUUCACAAGGUUAUGUUCAAAUUGAACAUAAGGAAAUCUCUCAUGAAUCUGAAGUAUUAAAUUCGUCGAAGCCAAUUUUAUCCGGCAUAUCUAAAAUAAUUCUUUCCAAGCCCAACCGUAGAAAGAAGAGUAAAACAAAAACUGGAAUGGAAACAAAUACUGAAGAGAUUUGCGGAAUCUGUGGGAAGUCAAUGAAUAAUAAGAAACUUUUACGGCAUUCCUGCAACCGAAAUAUAGAAUAUUUUCUCUGCAAAUCGUGUCCUCGUACCUUCAGACAUCGCAGUACCUUAAUACAGCAUGAACUUAUACACGAAAGCAACAGGGAGCGAAAGUUUGCUUGCGGAGUGUGCGGCAGACAAUUUUAUACUCAAAUGGCUCGUAGAAAUCAUUUGAAAACACAUGAUCCAGGUCGAGAACCGAGGUUCCACUGUGGCGAUUGUGGUCAAUCUUUUUUGUUUAAGGGCAAUCUUCUAGUGCAUCAACAAAAACAUGCUGGUAAAACGAUUCAGUGCACGUAUUGCCAGAAACGCUAUGUACGUGCGGUUGAUCUUGAAGUGCAUCUGCGAAGUCACACAGGUGACACACCGUUCAAGUGUGACAAGUGCGAGAAGGCUUUUACAAAAAGGUCCACAUUGCGAAAACAUUUACAAUUGCAUGAGGGUAUCCAAUGGAAAUGUGAAGAUUGCGGAAAACAAUAUUUAUAUGAAUGGACGCUUCAACGGCAUCGUUUAGAACACACUGGUUUGCCCUUAAAGUGUUCAAUUUGUAGUAAAGAGUUUCCCGAGAUGUACAAGAUCCGACGUCAUAUCAAGAGUGUUCACAAGAUUAACUUGACCGAUUUAGAAAAUUUCGUUGUGAGAUUAAAGGAGAGAAAAAAACGUAGCAAUAUAUCACUAAAUUCUUUGGAUGCAGAGAGAGAGGCUACAAUUAUUCAAUAAUUUAAAUAUAAAAUAUACUUUUAAUAAAAAUUAUUUAUAAUAAAAUAAUUUUGGUCUACAGAUUUCGGCGAUGACAUAUAUGGUGUCACUGCUGGCACAAUGCCGUUUCGGUGAUAUCAGCUUGUUGGGGAAAGUAAAAACCAAAAUUAUUUAAAAAGGUGGUAUUAUGAAAAUAUGAAUUUACUUUAAAUUUAAUUAUGAAAAUUAUUAUAAAUAAACUUUCUACUAGUGUAUAUAAUGGUCAACAAAGCUCAACCAAUAUGUCAUCCCCAUCAUUUAUGGUUUCUUCGUCCUUCACUUCAACCUCUUUCAUAACACUAUCUGCUUGAACUAAAGUCAGUUUUUUUCGCUGUAAAGGCUUUGGAGUUUGAGAUUUUGUAACCUUUAGAAUCUCCUCCUCUGUGAACUCUAUAAGAUGCGUUGUUUUAAGAUGAACCUUAAACCUACAUAUAUUCAUGUAUAGUAUUAAUUUUAAACAACAAUAAAUAUAACAACAAAAAUGUC